UUGUGCAGCCGGUUCAACGCAUCUGACGAUCCGGUUUUAAGUUUGCAUUUACGCCGGUCAGUAGGAAAAAAAGUGUUUACCUGUGAUACGACGACGUGUUCUUGUGUGGGGAGUAAAGUCAAACGAUUUUCCCCGUUAAAUGGCACUUCACAUGGGGCCUUUCAUUUUAUAACAUCUGCCGGAGCGCCGUCCGUGUCCCACAUUACAUACAUCCUGGAACUUCCAUAUACUGGAUCCUGUAUAAGCGUGAUAAUCUGCGGAACUUCUACAUGAAAUACAUUCGUCAAUUUAUGACAUAGUUAAUAAUUUCACCAAUAAUUAUUUGCCGAACGGAUAAUUUAUUAGCACACCAUACGCGAAAGAAUGAGUGUGGUAUCCCGAAAUCCUUCCAUCUCGGUCCAAAAUAUGAAUAAAACCACCAGCAGCGUGGGCCAUAUUUGGUCUGAGACGUCGACCAAGUCUUCCAAAAUUGAUCAUCCCGCAUCGACAUCGAAGAGCCCGUACAUCCGGGAGAUCCACACCAAUGCGGCACGCAGAGUAGAACGGCAACAACAACAACAUCUUCGCUCGCGUCCCUCCCUGCCUUCUUCGCACCUAUCAUCAACCCUACCCAAAGGUCGCGCCGUCCCCCGUACACGCGCAUCGGGAUCGUUAAGUAGUGGGUUCAUUCCGGGGACAUUUUCCAACGGUGCCAGCAGCAUUUCCGCUCUGUCCAUAACCGGCACCGUCGAGCAUGAUGAACUAGAUCUGGGAUAUCAGGGUCAUCUUUCUGAUCGCACUUCGGCGCGCAGGACGGAUGUGUUUACGGUUUGUGAUGUGGAAAUUCAAGUAAGGUCAAAAGUUACUGACAAAUCGGUUCAAGCGGACGAUAUGGCUGAUGAAUCCGUCCUUUCCACUGUUCAGAAAGAAAACGAGGAAAUUAUGGAGGAAAAUUUUAAAUUGCGGCGAUUAGUGGAAGACUUGAGGUAA